CGUAGGUGGUGUUGGACUUGCGGUCUGUGGGAUUAUCGUACUCCUUGGAUUAUUAAAGAAUCAUAUGAAUGGAGGAGUUUGUCGCAUAACGAAAAGACUUGAUGGGAAAACAGUUGUCAUCACUGGAGCUAACACAGGAAUAGGGAAAGAAACGGCAAGAGAUCUUAUCAAGCGAGGUGCAAGAGUUGUGUUAGCAUGUCGUGACAGAUUACGAGGAGAGGAAGCUGUGCAAGAACUUUGCAGUGAGGUUGGCAAGCCUGGUCUUGUUGCCCUCUACAAGCUCGACCUUGCCAAUAUUAGCUCCAUUCAUACCUUCGUAGAGGAAUUCAUAUCAAAAGAGGAGCGUUUAGACAUUCUGAUCAACAAUGCAGGUGUGAUGUGGUGUCCGUACGCUAGGACAGACGAUGGCUUUGAGAUGCAGAUUGGAGUCAAUCAUCUUGGCCACUUCCUCCUGACUAAUCUCCUGCUGGACAAGAUGGUCGCCAGUUCCCCUAGUCGCAUUAUCAACCUCACCUCCAUUGCACACUAUGACAAACGAGCUCUGCUCAACUUCGAUGAUCUGAUGAAUGAAAACAACUACCAGCCUGCCAUCGCAUACGCCCAAAGCAAAUUGGCAAAUGUUUUAUUUACAAAAGAACUUGCAAGAAGAUUAGAGGGUACUGGUGUGACAGCGAAUGCAGUUCACCCAGGCGUGGUGAGAACCGAACUUGGCCGCUACAUGGAUAUCUUGAAGAGGCCCAUGGUGCGCUACUUCCUCUUUCCGAUGCUCCAACCAAUCAUAUGGCUUGUUACAAAAAGCCCAACGCAGGGUUCGCAGACGUCAAUAUACUGUGCUGUGGCUGAUGAACUGGUAAAAACAUCGGGAAAAUAUUUUAGUGAUUGUGCCGAAAAAGACGCGGCAAUAUUUGCGAAUGACGAAGAAAGUGCCAAGAGGCUGUGGGAAAUGAGUGAGAAACUAGUCCACCUUGAUGAUGUCAGUUUGAGCAAGAAACCAGCAUCAUCGACUGCAGCAUCUGACGAGGAGUCAAGUCAAGUAAAUGUUAGCAGUAAUGGACCGUGAACAACUGUUGUUUAUGAAGCAAAGCUCUUUAUGGUUCUGUAUGUAUCGCAGACUUUCAGAUGACAACCUAUUGAUGUUUUGAUCAUUCAUCUUCAUAGAGCCUCUUCUAAUUUUAUAUAAGAGAAAAUAUAUUUUGUGAAAAUUGUGGUUGGAGCCUCAACAUGAGGUAUGAUUGAUUAAUCCAUCAAGGGCAACUUGUAUAAAAAAUUGCGUAAAAUGUAUGCUGAUAUUAUUUAUUUUAUGUUACUGAUAUGAUUGUAUUAAUUUUGUCAAUAAAGAGUGGCUCAAUAAAAAUGUUACACUUACAAAAUGGUUCAUAUCUCUUAUAAUUUUGGCAUUUACCUCAAACAUACAUAGGCCCUUGAAGAGCAAACUGACACCAGCAGAUUCAAAAUCCUUCCAUGGUUGACUGCACAGGACAGAUUUUAUUGACUCGUGUGAAAUCUGACUAGCCCCAAUCUUUCAGUGGUUGAACAGGGCAAAGGACAAAGAGGAAGCAAUCUUGAACAUUUUAAAUUUUAUUCACAGUUGAAGAUUGACUUUUAACAGAUUCGUUUUGUAAUUUUCCUAUAUGUGUUCAACUGUGAAUAAAAUUAAAUGUUGGGAAUGCUUCCUCUUUUUCCUGUUUAACCACUGAGAAGUUGGCACAAGUGAGAUUUUACAUGAGUCAAUAAAUCUGUUCUGCACAGUCAACCAUGGAUGGAUUAUGAUUCUGCUGGUGUCAAAUUAAUGGAGAAAGCUUGCUCUUCAAGUAGAUAUGUAUGUUUACGGGGAAAUGCCAAAAUGAUAAAAGAUAUUAACCAUUUUGUAAGUGUAAUAUUUUUAUUGAGCCACUCUGUAUACUGGGUGCGAAAAUUGUCACUGUAAUUCUUCCUCAGAUUUGAAGAUUAUUUGUUUACAUAUAACUCUAAUGACAACUUUCAUACAUCAAGUUAUUGUUGGUAUAUAUUUUGUCCAUUUACCGGAAAUGUUCAUGUGCCUUUUCAUUUUGCGUUUUUAGAUAAUCACAAAAAAAUAUUUUGCAAAAAGGAAAACCUAAUUGAAGUUGCUGUUGCAGGUUUGUCAAAAUGCUGAAUGAAAAUUUAAAGUUGCAAUUAUAGGUAACCACAAAAUUUAAUGGUCAUGAUUUCUUCUGGUUUGUGCCUCAUAUUGUUUUGUUAAAUCUGGUACAGUGUAUUACUGUAUUUCUACAUGUUCUUGUGCCCCAGACUUAGUCACUCUGAUGCAAGUGUUAAUUUGUUCAGGUUUAACAUAUAAAAAUGUUGUUUCAUUAGAUUACAUAGAUUUUUUUUUUGAGUGCAAGUUAUUUUCUAAAGUCGCAUAUAUUUUUGAUUUGUUUUUUUCUCCAAUGGUUGUAAUUUUUUAAAUAAUUUUUUUUAACCUGUUUAAUGCGGCUAAUGAGUAUGGAUAGUUUACAUACAUAUGGUGUAAGAUGUAAAAAAAAACAGUUUUAAGAUUAAGAGCUUAGGCAAAAAAAAAGGUUUCUUGUCAACAGAUUUCGAAAAGUCCAAUGAGACAUGAGGUAUUGCUUUACAGACUUGUGUAUUGUGAAUCUAUCAACUAUAGUGGCAUUCAUACUAUAAUUAUCAAAUUUGGUAAAUUAAGACCGGAUCAGAAUUUGCUCUUGUCUAAAGUUGCUUUUCGUUCACACUAUCAGAGUUUGGUCCAAUCUGAAAAAAUAUAUCCACACUGUCCGAAUUUGAUCCACUGGAGGAGAGUGCCAACAAAUGACACUUGAACAAAAUCUCUGUUGCUGGACACAGUUGAUAAAAAAAUAUGUUGUCAGAGUUUCUUUCCCUCUUAACUGAUCUUUUUAAAACUUAGUUACUAAAUCUACUUGUAUCAGAAUAUGAAGUAGAUUUACUGUCCAAGUGGAAACGAAAUGUUUCCACACGUUAUCCCAAAAUGAGAUGACGGGUGCGGUGAUGAGAAAGCUAGAACUUUUCACAUGUGGCCUUAAUCCAUGAAAAUUGAUUGGAAUAAUGUAAGUACUAUUAGGCAAACUUCUAAAACUCUGACAGUUAAAACAUUUCUCUAAGAGAAUUUCAACUUCUUCAGAUAAUGCGUUCAGGCUCUGUGCAUUUACUUUCAUAUCUCAGGUAUAUAAAACGCAUUAUAGAAGAAUUGAAUACACUGGGAAACCCCUAAUUUGGGGUCUUGUCUAAGCAGUCAUGGCCCAAUUAUAGAUUAGGAUAGGGCGGACUAAGCUGAGUUCACUCGGUGCAUUUGUAAAACGGGUAACGCUCCUAUUACAGGACACAAUGAUACUUACCGAUUAGGUUGUUUUCUUAAUAUGCGUACUAUGUAAUUUAUGCACCAGUAAGAUAUUUAUUUUAUUUAACCCUUUAGAUGCAACCUGUUGUUUCAACCUUAUAACAAUAAUAACGUUGGUUGGUUUUCCAUUGUGCUGCAGUUCAGUUAGGUUGCAUCUAUUACCAAGCACUUUGGGAUUAUUAUCACUAUUAGGCCAAAUUUGAUUACUCGGUUCUUGGUCAGCCUCUUUUAGGAAACGGUUCAAGGUUUCUCAGUUACACAAAGUUGCCAAUAGAGGUCUCUCUGAUCUCCCAGUUCAUGGAACUACAGUAGAACCUCUCUAUUAAGGACACCCUCGGGACUGACAAGUGCCGUCCUUAAUAGAGAGGUGUCCUGAUACGAGAGGUCAAAUUGAACGGAAACAACCAAUUUGGGACCGAAACUAGUGUCCUUAAUAGAGAGGGUGUCCCUAAUAGAAAGGUGUCCGCUAAGGGAGGUUCCACUGUAUAUUCACAUGUAUAUGAUAUAGAUAUUUGCUCAGAACCUUUAUGGUUUCUUCCAUGACAGCUGUUUCCAUUGGGUUAACAUAUUUAUCAAGAACGUCAGACAAAAGGUGCAAUAAGUUAUCUCAGGAAUAUAUAAUACAUGGUACUAAUAGUCCAGUCAUGAUCAGAGUAGUUAUAAGAGGGUGGCCCACGAGUGAGAAGUAGUCUUUAUCAAUUAGAAAUUAAUUCAAUAAGUUUGUUUCAUCAUUAACUCUUUCUCUACUGCACCUGGUAUAUACUGGUCCGUGCUCUGUGUAAUACUGGCCUGUACUGCUAAAUUUCUCCCAGGUUCUACAUGUUCUGUAGUCUAAAAGUUUGGUUACACCUGAAGAAACGAGGUGGCAACACUAGUCGUACUCCUUGUCCCUGAGAUUGGGUAGUGCUUGCUAUUUUACAACGAAACUUUUCCUAAGCCAAGUUGGUAUCAACGCUGGGAUCCGGACUAUUCCCAUGCAGUGCGGGUCAGGGGUACGGUACACUUCCAAAACUCCUCGGUAGUGAAACGGUUAAAGGAAAGAGUAAGUAGGAGUAAUGCUGCUGGUGUAACGAUUUGAGGUGUUUCCAUUUCUGAGUGUUUCCUCUCAUUGGGAAUGCUGAACGACAUCUAAGAUAUCUGUUUCUCCCAUCAUUCACCUGUGAAAAUUUCAGGACAUUGAUGUCUCCCGAGAAAAAAGGGUUUAAAUCCGUUUAGACAGAAAUGCACGGAGGAUACCUGCGGACGUGAUGGAGUCCCAAUGUGACGAAAACAAAUAUGACAUAACCAAUUCUGUGUUGCGCUGUACGCUUCAGGAGGUUAUUACUUAGUUAGAGGAACUAUGCCCCAAGUUGGCUCGCACUUAACUUAAGUAGUACAAACAUAGGCCUAUAAAUAUUUUCAUCAGGUGUGAUACGGGCCACUUUAUGCCAAUUAUUCAUGUUAAGUACCUUGAAGCCUCCUUGAUCACUUCAAUGGAUCAUCUGCUCGAUUCAAACUAAAUGAAAAUAUGCCUCGGUUUUGAUUCACCCUGUGUGGGUGGUUUAUACUUCACAAUCGUAAUCAGUACUAAUUUAGUUUUUUGAGUGCUACGAGGUUUGAAGUUUGAUGUCCUAUAAGCAAGCACAAAGUGAAAAAGUUACAUUUUUUGAAGUUGGAUGUCCUAUAAGCAAACACAAGUUCACUUGCUGUGCAGUGAAUCAUACAUUUAAGCGAAAUGGAACUUCUAAGGUUGGGGUGGAUCUUGGAAUUUUGAUAAGUGGAUCGGGAUAAUACUAAACUUGUCUCUUAGACUUAGGUCUACUUCCUAAUGGGGGGACUUGUAAGGAUGUCGUUUGUGCAAAUUAGUGGGACCACCAACACAACAGAUGCCAAAAUUAUCAGUGUACGGUUAGGAAUAUGACCGGCUCUGACAACUUUUCAAGAAGGGGAAACACCCUUUGAUAUUGCUUUUGUUGCUGUAUAUUUCAGUGUGUCUCCAGAGACUGAGAGUAUAGCUUCAGGGGUGUGUACAGCAUCCUGAGGAAAUAAUUAAUGUGCGCUUUUCCAUCCCUGCCCAUCAAAGUUUCAAAGUGUCCUGGAGAAAAAAUGAAAAGCGCCAGAAUUCGUUUUCAGUUGAGCAUGAAACCUGAAGCUGAAUCUUAGAUGAAUGUAUAUCAGCAUGUAGUUUCUUUAGUUAAAAAGGUUAUUGGAAUUUACGGGUGAGAUUUUCAUUUGAGACUGGACAAGGCUCCUGUUGGUGCUGCCAUCUUAAGUUAAAGAGGUGAAGUAAUAUGCCUCUUACAUUGUUGAUGUAAAAUGUAUGUAGGCCUAUACAUGUAUGAGAGUAAUUGUGAGUAGAUUCAUGACAAAAAAGCUUAUAUUCAUUUUGCCAUUUUGAGCAAAGUCACUUCAAAUUAUUGAAAAAAAUAAAAUAAAUCACCAAGAACGCUCACAGUUCCAAGAGAGCAAAAAUUAACAAACAUUCAAAACUUCAUCUUAGAUAAACUAUUUCAUCAAUUAAACUCCAGUAACAGUUGUUAUUGAUAUGAUGUAUACUUUACUUACAGUGUUAGUGCUAGCUCAGUUUCUUUGAAUAAUGUAAUUAUAAGUGUUAGUUUUUUGUGUCAUCUGGUCAUCGCAAGAUCGGUGCAUUUGUUUCAUUGUUACAAUCUCGUUCCAAGUGAAAAAGUUAUAUUUUCUGUAUUGAUUUUAACCCGUGUCAUUUUGUGAGAUAUGAGGAGUGAUCAUGACAUUGUACAGGGUGUUGAGAAAAAGAUGGAAGGUAGAAAUUAGUGCGAAUAACAUUUUACAUGCAUGUUGCAUAACAGUAAUGUCUCAUCUCAUACAGAAAUGGGGUAAACCAAAUUCCUAAUGCUUCUAGUUUUGGUGUUGUCACUUUUCCUUAUUGAUGGGUUGGUAAGAUUUUAGACUUAAUUUAGAUCUUCCAACUUUUGCUGAACACCCUGUAUGAUGGUGUAAUUUUAUGACAUGUAUGAAUAUGGAAAGAAAAUGUUACUAAAAUAAAGUGUUUAUGUACA